CUGAAAGGGGAAAGCUCACACAUCAAGAUAAUAGUUCAUGUUCCAUCAUAGAGGAACCUACACAAGAUCAUUCUUUCGGGAUGCAGGAAUUUAAGGAGCCUGCUCUAUUACCCAAAGAGAAAAAGGGUCGUGGGUGUCCACCUUUGUGGCACAUUACUGCCAAUGAACUGGACUCUUUGUCAUCGUAUACGAGAGGAAGGCUAACUUUAGAAAAGGUUAAUGCGGCCAUUAAUGACAUGGCUGCUUUUGCAGAGGUUAAUUCCCAGCUUAUUGCAGCCCCAAGAAGGAAGGUUUCUAAACACGUUUUUCAUUAUAUUUCUUCUCUUAACCUGUAAAAGAUAUUCAACAA